CGUGAGAAGCGUCUGCCGUUCUAUUGACAGCUGCCAGAGAUGCCGGAGGGCCCAUCGGUGAAGAAGUUCCAGCUGCUGACCUCCCCUUUUGUGGGACAAGUAGUGACAAAGGUGGGGGGAAGCAGUCGGAAGAUCAAUGUGAGUGAACUGAAAGCGCUGAGGCUCCAGGACUCUCGGGUUCAUGGGAAGAAUUUGUUCUUGGCAUUUGUGGCAGCUGGAGGUCUGCUAGGACGAACUGCAGAAGAGCUAGCGUUGCAAAGAGUGGCUCAUAGUGGGGCAAGUUCUCCUGCCCAGGAGGGAGAGGAGCAGGUUUGUGCUCCACAAAUAGGCCUUCCAGAAGAGGAAGUGCAGGAACUCCCACACUCCAGAUCUGAUGCUCCAGAUGCAGGGGGUCUGGACAACUGGUUGCGUGUCCAUUUUGGCUUGUUUGGCAGCAUUCGGGCAAAUGAAUUCUCAAGAGCAAACAAAGCCAAUAAGAGAGGGGACUGGAAGGAUCCUAUACCCAGGCUGGUUCUGCACUUUGAGAGCGGGGGCUUCCUUGUUUUCUACAACUGCCGAAUGCACUGGUGCUCUUCUCCGAUGGCUGAUCCUGCUUCUGACAUCCUGUCUGUGGAGUUCCACCGUGGUCGGGCGCUGGACGCCCUCAGGACAUCCAAUCCUGUCUGCUACACCCUGUUAGACCAGAGAUAUUUUUCAGGGCUGGGCAACAUCAUUAAGAAUGAGAUUUUGUACCUGGCAAAGAUCCAUCCAUUAACACAAGGCUCUCUCUUGGCUCUUUCGGAUCUGGAGCGUCUGCUUGACUAUGCAAUUCAGUUCAGCUCUGACUGGCUGGAGAGCAAGCUGCAUGGGAAAGGGUUGCACCCUCAGAUCUAUCAGAAGGAGCAGUGUCCCCUUGGGCAUGCAGUGAUGAAGGGAACCCUUGGACCCUUGGGUGGCUUGAAGAGACUGACUUGGUGGUGUCCUCAGUGCCAGCCUGCAGUGCUCUCAGGGAGCGGGAGUCCUUCCCUGGUCACUAAGUGAGCUGCCUUUCUUAUUCCUCCUCUCCUGGAGGAUGUCCAGAUAGUUUGUUAUUGUGAGAAGGACUUUAUGGUUUCUAUAGAGCUGUUAAGCCUGUUCCUUAGGAACAGUGAGUUGGCAGAGGUAAGUGUUCUCUAGAGGUUACAGGAGUCUCCAAAGUCCAAAGUACCUCAUACCUCUGCAUGCAAGAAGGAAAGUGGUUGUACGCUUCUACUUUUUUUUUUUUUGGUAGCAGUAACACAACAGCAUAAAUAGUUUAAUCAGUUCUGAGGUGUCUUGGUCCCUGUGUGCAGACUGGGAACUGCAGGUUUUUGCUUGGGCAAGCUUCUUGGCAAACCAGCUUGUUGGGGAGAAAUGAGUUCAGAAGAAAUGGAGCCUGCCUUCUUGGGGUGUGACUACCUUACACCUGUCCUCUGAGUAGAGGAGGUUUGUAUGAUCACGGGGCUAUCAAACAGGACCAAGGUUUUCCUGUUUUCAGUUGGAUGUUUAGGGAUGUGAGGCACCUCUGUUAGUUGUGCCAAUGCCCUGCUGUCUUGACCCCAAGGACAGAGGAUGCCUGUGGAGCCUAUUUUUUUUCCCCUCUACUCUUUGGCCCAUGACAAUGUAUGGAAAGGUUAGGAUUUUGGGCAGGUGGCUACUGUGAUUUACAGUGGCUGUGUGUUGACCCUACUGCAGAUGGCUGUAAUUCCUGGGAAACAGAAGGAAAUAUAGCCCUGUACCUAAACAGCUUCAUCUUGAUUCAGUAUAUUGGAUAAUCCUGCCUCUGUAAUUAUAGCUGAGCAUCAGCAUGCUGGGCUGGGAAUAGGUGUGUUGUCAGCUCUUACGGGAACGGGCUGCUGCUUUCUGAGAGGUGAAAAUAAAACCACUGCAGUAGGGCUUGGUACAGCUCACUUCUGCGUGCUUGUCACAGUCUGUCCUGAGAAGCUGUGUUUUUGUCACAAACUUUGCCAAUCCCAUCCCUCCAUGUCAUAGAAAAUAUUAACCAGCUUUUACAGAUUAUGACGUGGCUCUUAAGGGAGAACUGUGAAGCCUCGGUGAAGUCACAAGUAACAACUAAGAUCACAAGUCUGACAACUGUGGUGGGUGUCUAGCAAUGUUUAUAAGGGGGGGAUGCAUGAAACUCAUCUGUAAAGUAAAUGGAAAGCAGGAAAGUACAAACAAGGGACAGUAACAUCACCAUUUCCAGAGUUGUGCAUCUCUAUCUGGUAGGCAAAAGCUGUUGCUGUCCUCUCUCCCUGCAUCUCCGAUUUUUUUUUUUUUUAAACAGCUGAUUGUUGUCCUGGAAGUGAAAAGUAAAACCUGGAGUUAACAGAAUUGGCUGUAUUCAGCCUUAUAACUGCAGUAUGUCUCUUGUGAUGGUGCUUAUACCGCAGUUUUAAACUGAGAGGCUAAUGGGGAAGCUCCAGAGCUUUGUGCC